ACUUCGCUUGAGCAGUGGAAUUGACAAUUCUUCGUAAAUUAUAAGUGUAUGUCCUUUAUAACGGACAAAUUCGCCUAAUUGUUCCUUUGAAAUCAAAUAUUUAUAUUUUUCUAAUUGAUGUACCCAUAUGUUAGUAUGACGCCAACAAAUUAAAUUAACUUGCUGUAUAGUUUCAUUUUCGAUUUGAGCUUCAGAUCUUACAGCGUUUUCUCUAAAAUUUCGUCAGAGCACUUUAGCAAGUUGCCGUGUUACACUUACAUGCCAUAUGGAGUCAAUUUCGACUAUUAGAGAUCGGAGAUCACUCGCCUGCGAACAGCCGCGUCAUUGAUUGUAUUAAAAAUCAUUUUACAAUUCUUAAGACUCGUAUUAAAUGGUCUAAAAAUAUUUAGGUUAGGAGUGAAAUUGUGCAGCAUUGCUGAACUCGUGAUUAACGUCCUGUUCUUUGAUAAUCUUUGUUCUUAUCAUAUUGCUGAUUUCUUGUCGAUACUCUUACACCAGUCUUCCGUAUGUCCCAUAAGAUUGCCGGCUACUUCGUCAAAUGUCUGGAUAUACACAUUUGUAUUGAAUUCAGAUUAAAAAUUUCAAGUAGAGUGUAUUGGCAGCGCAAAUUCAAAUUCUUAGUUCUACUAAUUCUUCUGACUCAAACCUUUCAUGUAGGUUUGUCUAAGUUUUUCAUAGAUUUUGUUAGUAGUAGGGUGGAGUUCCUUCUAUGAUUUGCAGUUUGAUUUAUAUUAUCCUUUAAAUAGGAGUUUCAGGACGGUUUCCAAUCUUCGGGAACAUCUUAACUGUUCAAAUUGUGUGAUGGAAGUAGUAUAACAAUGAGAUUUUUCAGAUACGUGUUCGAAGAUUAUUAUUUCAUCAUUCUUAGUUUCUAAGAACAUGGAUUAUUUCGUUUCUUUUAAUGGGGAUUAGUUUGUUCAGUUCAGCGACAUUUUCUUCUGCCGGCGCUACGAAUUUUUACUGAGACUUUGGACAGUAUAAGUUUUGAUACAAGAGUAAUUUCUGAGGCACCUGCAUCACACGAAAUAAGUUAGGCAAUUUGUUACUCUUUCCUGGAUUUGACUCGCACCGUUAACCUAGUGCCAAAAGUUGUUUUUGUAUCUUUUGUGAGUAUACAAAUGAUUUACAUUUACAUUAGAAGUCCAGAGUUCUUUAAGUAAUGUUAUGUACCAUUACCUCUCUUAAUUUUUCAUGAAAAGUUUCAUGACUAAAACUUUUAUUGUAGCCGUAUCUUUUUGUAUUUCAUUGAUAUCUGCAUGAAAUUUGGAUAUCAUAUUCUAUUUUUAAGGAAUUUCUUCCAUUCCUUUUCAUGUAACUUUGUUUCUUUACUUCGGCGGAUUUGUUAUAUACAAACAGUUCUAAAGGACUCGUGAUAGGUGUGGGCAGGAUUUGGAAGAACCUCACAAAGGGACUUCCCCUCCCGCUUGACUAAAUCCCUACUUCCACGACAAUAGCCGUCCUUCAUAUCUCCAUAAUGUUAAUUACCUCCAGGUUCCUAUGGGUGGAAUCAGCAGCUUGAAGGAAACUAACGAAUUCAGUUUUCCUCGAUAAAUAGUCUAAUUUUGGUUUCUCCUAUCAGAAAAGGGAGCAGCUGGCCGCUGACCUUACCCUUCACCCUCCACCCAACAGGGUUUCUCUCGCCUGAAAGAGAGCAGCUGGCCGCUGACCUUACCCUUCACCCUCCACCCAACAAG